AUGAGGAUGACACACUGCAGACAAGCUGGAAUGAAGAUGGAGUUAAUGAGGGGAAAGCUGACAUUGUUCAGACAUGUACACAAACAGACAUAAAACCAGCCAUCCAGUCCUGCAGUUUGCAUGAUGAGUAUUCAGUUAAAAGUGAAAACUCUGAAAUGGAAAUGAACGGCACACAGAACGAUUCUCCCUCCAGUUCCUCGGUUUUAUACGACCAGUUGUCACAGGUUCACUGCAGGACUGAAGAAAAACCCAGCCAUGGACAGACUGAGGGCUUAGUUCUGGUAUUUGAAACCUCAGUGGAUGACUCAGACGAUGAAAAUGGAGAUGUGGAUGCCUUUUGUCAGCAGCUUGAUACCGAUGAUCAAGUCUACUGGGCAGAACCGGUUCAUGUAACCCCCAUAUCUGAAGGGUUGAGCAGCCAUGAAGAUUCAGACAGAUUUCAGUUUCUUUGUAACCCUGCUGCUCCAGAUUCGCUUCCAGCCACCGGUGAAGCUCUGACCUUACCCAGAUCAUCCUCAGCAAUGUCAGUCACUGAUAAAACCACCAGAAAUACAACUGGUGUUUCAGAUAAACCCUCCUCCGUCACUCCUGCCCCAUUCCCAUCCCCAUGUCCAACCCUGAACUUCAAACAACCAAUUCCUUCUGUCUCUGUUUCGAUGUCUUCAGUUUUGUCCUCUCAUAUCGUCAGUAGGAAGGACGUUCCCUUCCGGACUGAGUCACAUCUCAAUAUUCCCCACAGAAUACUCCCAUUGGACACUUCCACCCCGCUCCGUGCUGUCCAGUCGUGGGCAGAUCUUCGCAUUCAACGCAUCCCUCUCACCAAGAACUUAUCACAUCGGUCUGUUCAAACUAUCCCAAACAGUCUGAGAGCUGCAGAAGCAACAAAAUCCCCUUUAGGGUCAUUCCUUGUACCCCAGCCUGGCCCUCUGAUGUCUAAUGAAUGGAGGUCACAUGAGUUCAUCUCUAAGACAGGUCAAAACAAUGAAACAGUCUCUGUAAGUACACGACUCUGGGCUGAUAUCCAGGAGGAUGUGGGCACAAAUAAAAAAGACCAGAACAAGCUUUGGGAAGCUAGCCAGACGGUGACCAGAGCAUGCUGCUGCCACUGUGACCAUCGGUGUCCACAGAAGCCUCACAGCAAGCAGCAUUCAGGAAACUUUCCUUACUCUCUGGAUGAACUGGAGGAGAUGAUGUUGUGUCUGCAGCAGUUUCGUUCUGUCUUCAGUGACAUUGAGGAGCAGUCCUGUGAAGACCAGGCAGCAGUUUACAGUGUCUUCUCCACCACCGACAGGGAAGAUGCUCAGAGUUUAGAGAAGCUGAGAUGUGCAGUGAAGCUGGAGGCUGGAGAACUGGAGAUGCAGCUGAAAGAACUGGCCCAUCACUACGAUGAAAGCCUGAAAGCGAAGAUGCACACCCUGUUGGAUGAGCAGCAUCUACUGUGUUCUCAAGUUUUACCACCACAGACUGCCCCCACAUCAAGUCCUGGCCCCAACAGGACAGUUUCUAGUCCAGACCGCCUGCUGCAGGAUGCAGCCUGGAAUAAACACAGCGGGAGUUCAACCACACAGGUACCUCCUGCAUCCAUGGACAUCUCCGAGAGUCAGGGUCCUCCUCCCUCUGCAGCAGACAAGCUGGACUUCCUCGGCCUCCUGCAGAGAGUAGGAAAAUCAUGUAUUCAUUAAAGCUAGAAGACAGCUUGUCAUAUGUUACUCUUUUU